GGGAACUUGCGGAGCUCUCACGUCCCAGCAGUGGUGUACCUCGGCGGCCAGGGAACAUCUAGACGGGAGUCGAGGAUAACACACUGAGUUGGAUGUGGCGGCGGGGGGGGUGGGGGGGGGGACCACAGGCGAAAAUGCCGGAGUGACCGAGGGAAUAGAUGCUUAUUAGUAUUUAUUAGUAUUUAUUAUUAUUAUUAUUAUUAUUAUUAUUGUCAUUGUCGGUGUUGUUAUUAUUAGGACGACAAUUACCGGAGUACAAACUGCCGCUCUCCUCUGAACGUGGACAAUCAUGCGUGUACUCUUUUGGGGUUUGGGAUUCCUACUAUUCCCUCAUUUGCUAACUGCCGACGCUUCCACGGGGACGGGGAGACUGCUGUUGAAUCCAAGCACAGUAAAAGAGGAGAUCGGCGCCUAUGAGAUUGUCAGGCCGGUGCGAGUGGACGGAGCCGGUGACAAGUUCCCAAGCAGCGUGCACUUCAAGAGGAAGCGGCGAAGUUUGGACGAGGAUAGCGACAACGCUACGGCGCACUGGUCCUCUCCGAAUAUCCACUACAGGAUUUCUGCUUUCGGACAGAACUAUCACCUCAACCUCACUCUGGACUCGGGAUUUAUCGCGCCCCUCUACACUGUGACAAUAUUUGAGGUACCCAGAGGAGAUAACGUAACAGAAGAGGAAGAGGAGGAGGACACAGAGUUAAGACACUGCUUCUAUAAAGGACAAGUAAAUGCGAAAUCUGAGCACGCCGCAGUCAUCAGUUUGUGCUCCGGGCUGUUUGGUACCUUCAGAUCUCCAGAAGGGGAAUAUUUUGUUGAGCCCCUUCACAGCUAUCAAGGAGAACAUUAUGAAGAGGAACACACAAAACCUCAUAUUGUGUACAGGAAAAGUGCACCUGAGAAAGAGAAAUCUGUGGAGAACUCAGCUUGUGACACUUCAGGACACAAACACAGGCAUAAGAGGCACAAGCUGAGGAAAAAGCCAACAGCUGGGGUGGCUUCGGACAAAGUGCAUGUUCCCAGGACUGGUAUACUGAGUGAUGUGGAGUCGCUAAGUGCCCGCCUGACAAGCGAUGCCUUGCACAGAUCAGCGAGCAGCAGUGUUGGCGCAAAAGCUGCGAAUGAAAGCAGCAGUGAUGACUCAAGACCUCACAAGCGGUCAAAGCGCUUCCUCUCCUUCCCGCGCUUCGUUGAAGUCAUGUUGGUGGCCGACAGCAAAAUGGUGGAACAUCACGGCAGCAACCUGCAGCACUACAUGCUCACCUUAAUGUCCAUUGUAUCUUCCAUCUACAAGGACCCCAGCAUUGGCAAUCUAAUUAACAUUGUGAUUGUAAAAUUAGUCAUAAUAAACAAUGAGCUGGACGGUCCGCUUGUUUCAUUUAACGCACAGACCACUCUGAAAAACUUUUGCAUUUGGCAGCAUAGUCAAAAUGUCCCGGAUGAUAAUCAACCCUCACACCAUGACACCGCCAUCCUUAUCACGAGACAAGACAUCUGCAGAGCACGGGAUAAAUGUGACACAUUAGGACUGGCUGAGUUGGGUACUGUGUGCGAUCCGUACAGGAGCUGCAGCAUCAGUGAGGACAACGGCCUGAGCACAGCGUUCACCAUCGCCCAUGAACUCGGCCACGUUUUCAACAUGCCUCAUGAUGACAGCAAUAAAUGUAAGGAGGAUGGCGUCAAGAUCCAGCAACACGUGAUGGCUCCCACACUUAACUACAACACAAAUCCUUGGAUGUGGUCCAAGUGUAGCAGAAAGUACAUCACAGAGUUCCUUGACACAGGUUAUGGUGAGUGCUUGCUCGACGAGCCCGUUUCUCCGCCUUACAGUCUCUCGCAGCAGCUGCCUGGACGGAUAUACAAUGUCAAUAAACAGUGUGAAUUGAUAUUUGGGCCGGGAACACAGGUGUGCCCUUAUAUGACCCAGUGUCGAAGGCUGUGGUGCACCAGCCCAGAGGGCGCCCAGAGGGGCUGCAGGACACAACACAUGCCGUGGGCUGAUGGCACUGAUUGCUCCCCAGGAAAGCACUGCAAACACGGCCUAUGUAUAGCCAAAGAGCACGACGCCACACCUGUGGAGGGGGCAUGGGGAGUUUGGAGUCCUUUCGGUACCUGUUCUCGGACAUGUGGCGGAGGGAUCAAGAUCGCAGAGCGCGAAUGCAACCGACCCGUUCCCAGGAACGGAGGGAUGUAUUGUGUUGGUCGCCGGAUGAAGUUCCGUUCGUGUAACUCUGAGCCAUGCUCCAAGCAGAAGAAGGACUUCAGAGAGGAGCAGUGCGCUGCCUUCGACGGCAGGCAUUUCAACAUCAACGGUCUACCUCCUAACGUUCGCUGGGUGCCCAAAUACAGUGGAAUCCUGAUGAAGGACAGAUGUAAGCUGUUCUGCAGGGUAGCAGGCAGCACGGCCUACUAUCAGCUCAGGGACCGGGUCACAGACGGCACUCCGUGUGGACCUGAUACCAACGACAUCUGCGUCCAAGGCUUGUGCAGGCAAGCUGGCUGUGACCAUGUAUUAAACUCCAAAGCCAGGAGAGACAAGUGUGGUGUGUGUGGCGGUGACAACUCUUCUUGCAAAACUGUGGCAAACACUUUCAACAUUGUACGCUAUGGCUACAAUGAAGUUGUGCGUAUACCCAGUGGUGCGACAAACAUAGAUGUUCGUCAACACAGCUACUCAGGGAAACCAGAGGAUGACAACUACCUUGCCAUAUCAAAUAGCCGUGGAGAGUUCCUGCUUAAUGGAGAGUUUGUAGUCAGCAUGUUCAAAAGGGAAAUUAAAGUAGGAAAUGCUGUCAUCGAGUACAGUGGCUCUGACCACAUUAUUGAGAGGAUUAAUUGUACUGAUCGCAUCGAAGAGGAGAUCAUCGUCCAGGUGCUGUCUGUAGGGAACCUUUACAACCCAGAUGUCAGGUACUCCUUUAACAUCCCCAUAGAGGAUAGACCUCAGCAGUUCUUUUGGGAUGUCUAUGGUCCGUGGCAGGAGUGCAGCCGUCUGUGCCAAGGAGAGAGGAAGAGGAAGAUUCUCUGUAGCAGAGAGUCUGACAGGGUGGUGGUGUCAGACCAGAGGUGUCACGGUUUAGCAAGACCUGCCGUCAUCCCUGAGGCCUGCAACCCAGAAUGUGAACUGAGGUGGCAUGUUGCUCGAAAAAGUGAGUGCACAGCUCAAUGUGGUCCGGGAUAUCGCACCCUGGACAUAUUCUGUGCCAAAAUCAGCCACACAGAUGGAAAGAUCCAAAAGGUUGAUGAUCGCUACUGUAUUGGGCAGCGCAAACCUGAUGACAAAGAAGGUUGUCAUGGAGAUUGUAAUCCUGGAGGCUGGGAGUAUUCGUCUUGGUCAGAGUGUUCAAAGAGUUGUGGUGGAGGCACCCGCCGAAGAGGGGCAGUGUGUCGAAAGGCAGCAGAGACUGAGGGCCAUGAGAGCAAGUGCAGUCAAAGGGACAAGCUGGCCGUCCAACCCUGUAAUGAAUUCGUCUGUCCACAAUGGAAGAACGGCGACUGGUCAGAGUGCCUUGUAACAUGCGGGAAAGGCUAUAAGCACCGCCAGACGUGGUGUCAGUUUGGUGAGGACCGUCUAGAUGACGGCUUCUGUGGUUCAUCAAAGCCUGAGUCAGUCCAGACGUGUCAGCAGCAGGAGUGUGCCUCUUGGCAGGUUGGACCUUGGGGACAGUGCACUACCUCGUGUGGACUUGGGUACCAGAUGAGAGCUGUGAAGUGUGUGGUUGGAUCCUAUGGUGCAGUCAUGGAAGACACUGAAUGUAAUGCUGCCACCCGGCCAACUGAUACCCAGGACUGUGAACUGGCCCAUUGCCCAAACAGCCAACCUGUUUCCCCAGGGACCAAAGUCCCUUCCCAUCAAGGCCACAAAACCCAGUGGCGGUUUGGUUCAUGGACCCAGUGCAGCACCAGCUGUGGUAAAGGGACUCGGAUGCGUUAUGUCAGUUGUCGCGACAACCACGGCGGUGUGGCAGAGGAAUCGGCAUGUGCUCAGCUCCCAAAACCUCCUGCCAGAGAAGUGUGCUCUGUCGUUGCAUGUGGACAGUGGAAAGUGUUGGAGUGGACUGUGUGUUCGGUAACCUGCGGUCAGGGGAAGACGACACGACAAGUGGUCUGUGUCAACUUCGGUGAACAAGAAGUGAACAGCAGCGAGUGUGACCCAGACGAUCGGCCAAGCACAGAGCAGGACUGCGCCAUGUCUCAGUGCGCGUCCCACUCCAGUCAUUCCAGACCUCUACCAUCCUCACCGAAUAGCAGCGCCAGGAACAUCAUUCCUCAAAGCCAAUCCCACCAAUGGCGAACUGGGCCCUGGGGCGCGUGCUCCAGCACAUGUGCAGGAGGCUUUCAGCGGCGAGUCGUAGUGUGCCAGGAUGAGAACGGCUACCCUGCCAACAGCUGUGAGGAUCGCAGCCGGCCCAGUGAGCAGCGAUCCUGUGAGUCGGGGCCAUGUCCGCAGUGGAUCUAUGGCAACUGGGGAGAGUGCACCAAACCAUGCGGAGGCGGGAUAAAGACGAGGCUGGUGGUAUGUCAACGUCCAAAUGGCGAGCGUUUUAAUGAUCUGAGCUGCGAGAUCCACGACAAGCCACCGGAUCGGGAGCAAUGCAAUACUCAGCCGUGCUCGUCUAGCCCCCACUGGAGCACAGACCCAUGGAGCUCGUGCUCAGCCACUUGUGGAAGAGGUUUCAAGUCCCGCAAGGUGCGCUGUUUGACUAGCUCAGGCCGCUCUGUUGAAGACGAAAACUGCCAGCACUUGACCCCCAAACCCAACAAGCAGAGGCGCUGCCAAGGUGGCCGCUGUCCCAAGUGGAAGACUGGCAGCUGGGAAGAGUGCUCAGCAUCCUGCGGCGACGGUAUCCAGCGGCGGGAGGUGAUCUGCCAAGCUGGCACCCGCAGGAGCCCACUUGAGACCGACUGCCCCGAGCGCUCCCGCCCGGCAUCAAGUCGAAGCUGCCGGGUCGCUGAUUGUCCCUCACGGUACCGGUGGAGAGAGGGAGACUGGAAGGCGUGCAGUAAAUCAUGUGGAUCAGGCCACAGAAGACGAGACUUACAAUGUGUGGACCACCACAAGCAGGAGGUCCAUGAAAUGUAUUGCGUCAAAAACAUCAGACCUCCAGAUAUAGAAAGCUGCAAUGCCCAAGCCUGUGAAUUCGUCUGGAUCACAGGAGAAUGGACAGAGUGCUCAGUCAGCUGUGGCCAGGGCUACCGCCAGCGUCUGAUCUCCUGCAGCGACGUGCACAUAGAGUAUGAUAACUAUGAGUAUGGUGAUCAAUCUCUGUCCAACUGUCCAGGGGCAUCCCCUGAGAGGUAUAUGCCUUGUCAUCUGGGGCUCUGUCCACCUCUCCAGGAGUGGAGGGUUGGAACAUGGGGACCUUGCUCCGCCAGCUGUGGCGAUGGAGCGAUGGAGAGGGCGGUGCAGUGUGGGACAUCAGAUGGCCAACAAAGCAAUAGAUGCUCGCUCGAUGCCAUGCCGGAAGCCAAAAAAGUCUGCAGAAACCUGAGCUGUCAUUUGCCUUCUAGCUGCCAAGAUGCCCAGCUCAUGAAUGGCAUGCUUUCAGAUGGUGAACACUUGCUGAAUAUUCAAGGAAGUACUCUCAAGGUCCACUGUGCAGGCAUGCAAACAGAGAAUCCACGGGAGUACAUCACCUUGACAACAGGAGAGGGGGAAAACUUUUCUGAGAUCUUUGGCUUCAGGCUCAAUGACCCCUUCCAGUGUCCGUCCAACAGCUCCAGAAGAGAAGACUGUGACUGUCGGAGAGACUACCCUGCUGCGGGCUUCACCAUCUUCUCCAAGGUCCGCCUGGACCUGAGCAAGAUGAGCAUCAUAACUGCAGAUUGGCAGUUUGCAUUGACCCCCGAAGGCAGCAGGGUUCCAUUUGGCACAGCGGGGGACUGCUACAGCGCCUCCCAAUGUCCACAGGGGCGCUUCAGAAUCAACCUCUCGGGAACAGGUUUUAAAGUGGCUGCAGACACCCGGUGGACCUCUCAAGGCAAUUAUGCUGUGGCUGAUAUAAAGAAAUCACAGGAUAGCAGCAGAGUGUCGGGGACAUGUGGAGGCUACUGUGGCAAAUGUACUCCAUCCUCAGCUUCCAUUCUGCCAGUUUCAGUGGCCUAGAGCCCACACAACCCAAGUGUGGGGUAUCUGCACGUAUGCAAUAUAGAAUAGCCAUUACUCAAACCGUGUGGCUUCAUGCCCUUAUGCUGCAUUUCCCGAAAAAAUGUUGUCGCGCAGCUGCUUGUGACCGUGUUUGUCAGUCAGGUGCUCAUCAUGUCAGUACGUCCCUCCACUUUGGUGCUACAUCUACAAAACAGCUCAAAUCCAUCCAUCACAUCACCUCUUCUUCUUUCUUCUUCUUUUUUUAACCUUGUGACAAAUCAUUUGGUGUAAUUAUUGUAAAUAAGUAUAUGUGGAAUACUGUAUAUGUCUUAUUUAUUGUAGGUCUACUCUUCAUUUAAUAUAUAUAUAUAUAUAUAUAUAUAUAUAUAUAUAUAUAUAUAUAUAUGGAUGUGGUGUAAUUUAGGGCUUUGGGUCAUUCUCUAAUACAGCAGUUUCUUGUUGCCAGAUGGUGCCUUUAAUUUUUAGAUAAUUACACAUUUUAUACCUCUAUACUAUGCAUUUUAGGAAUAUGUUAGUUCGGAGAUUUUGCAUGCUUUUGUGAUUCUUAUAAGCAUGCGUAUUCCUUGUAACAUUUAGCAUUUUAAAAACGUUUUAUUCAGUUCAGGCACUACAUAGUGAUAGUGAUAGUAAUCGUGUGCUUUCUCAACACCAAGUGCAAAUACUUUUGCUCGGCUGUUAAAUCAUAGAAUACUGAGAACAAUGUGUUGCUGCAUCCACACACUUUUUGCCCUAAGUGCCCCUUUAUUGUAUGACGCGCCCCUUUGCUCCAUUAAUCAUGUGUUACCUCACAAAUAACAUGCCCCGCCCACACAAAUUGAAAUCCCAAAAUAAACGCAGUAACAACAGAAGGGAGAAGGUUGGAGAUACCGUGCAUUUCCAGACACAAUGUGCAAGAAAUUCCUCUGUGUUCUUGCAUCAGUGUCAGUUAGGAUGACAAAGUAAAGCCAUCGGCCUUGAGAAAACACACCGGUUAUCUUCUCUGGUGAAGCCAAUAAAACCCCAGCAGAUGUUCUCCACAGCGCCGUCCACGGAGAGACCUCACAAGGUGUUCGCGCAGCGUGAAAUUUGUCCACGUGAAUUAUGUUAACUGCUACCUUCUCUACUUUAUCAUGUUCUACUGUUACUGCUUAUCACCUGUUACUUAUUGUCCUUCAUGAACAAAUCAGGGUACAUUGUGUUUUUAUGUUUCAUAUUUCUAUACCUCUCAUUUCUCAAAUAAUUCAUGAAAGGGAAAAUAGAGUACAAAUGUAGCACAGUUCAGUUGUACAGCACAGCCUGUUUGCCAUCGUAUCUUAGGACAUGCGACAGAAACAUUUCAUCACAACGUAUUUCUGCACUUUUUAUCGUCGAAAAUGUACUUCAGGCCAGCAGGCUCUCAGGUGACAUCAAUGAAGGGAUUAUUGUAAUACUGAAAUGUAUCCGUUUUGUUUUUAUGCAUUUGCCACAUGUUAAUCAGGUAUUUGUAAAUGUAGCACUUCAAUUAGAUACUCUGCAGUGUAAUAUAUGGUUUAUUUGAAAUGCUAAUAUUUGUUUGUGUCUUGUCUUGUGAAUGUACAGAAUAUGAACUUUGACCCUAAGUGACUAUGAAUUUCAAUGCAAUAGCAGGAAUGAAUUUCAAUGUAGUCUCAAGACAUUUAUUCAUAGGCUUUAAAAUGUCAUUUCUGCAUGAAUUAUAAACGCAGUUUGUUUCCCUAAGAAAAACAUGAUUUAUGGGAUACAGAUUGCAUAGGAAAAUGU